AUGGCCCAGUCUCGGACCAACGGCUCGCACUACGCCCUGACGGCCAUCGGGCUGGGGAUGCUGGUCCUCGGCAUCAUCAUGGCUGUUUGGAACCUCGUCCCCGGCUUCGGCCCCGCUGAUAAACCCACCAGCCAUGCUGGGAAUAGCAGCAAGCCUGACCGUGGUACUGGAGGCAUUUUGAAGAGCAAGACCUUCUCAGUGGCGUACGUGUUGGUGGGGGCGGGCGUGCUGCUGCUGCUGCUCUCCAUCUGCCUGAACGUCCGCGACAAGAGGAGGCAAAGCGAAGAUAUUGCACGUGUGCAGCACCAGCCGCCAGCAGAGCCCUCGCAACAGGAGGACAGUCAAGAAGAGGAUGAAGACGUCUCUUCCCAGUACUACGUCCCCAGCUACGAGGAGGUGAUGAACACGGGCUACUCCGAGCCCCGAGACUCCGACAGGAGCAACCGGCUCAGCGUCUCCCUGCCCUCCUACGAGUCCCUGACGGGGCUGGAUGAGAGCACCCAGGCGCCGGGAGGCAACAGCCCGGCCCCCAUCACGAUAGAGCCGCUCACGCCACCGCCCAAGUACGAGGAGAUCCAGGAGAAACUGCCGGAGAGCCAGCAAAUGACUUAA